AUGCCAAUAGCCGGAAAAUAUGCAAUAUACGAUGAUCCAUAUCAAUUCGGCUUGGAGAUGGAUUUCUUCCCCGUCCUCGAUUCGGUCACGUUUGGCAAUGCAGCUGGAGGCGUUCCCUGGUACGCUAUCAAGAAAUGCCUAGAUCACCCCACGGUCACGUCCAUCUCCAUCGGGCAAAAUUCAACGUGGAUGUGCGCGCCACCACCUACGCCGCCCGAUGGCCCCCAAUGCGGCUGUCGGCUCACGAAGUUGUCAUACACUCCAUCGCAAUGGCGCGAGACCGAGAGUGUGCAGCGUGGAACAGAUCUACGUCCGAUCUACGCGUUAGAGGAGAACUACCUCCGCGCCAUUGUUCUCCCCAUGUCCGACACCGCCGAGUCACUCACCCUUCCUGCCGAGACGGCCCCGCUCUUGGAGAUGGCCAGCAUGGACUGGCCGCGUUUGCAUACGCUGUCCCUCAUCGGGCGAUACACCCACCCAGAUCAAUGCCACAUCAUCCCUCUCUUACUCCCGCGCAUGCCGAGCAUGCGCUCCCUCUCAAUCAAAGUGAUGCAGUGCGAAGGGAUGUGGCGACCCCCUUUGCUGAAAGAACUCCCCGAGACUAGCUUUUGUCUACGCUCAUUGACUGUCUCGUAUCCAGAUCCGGAAGAUCCCAUCUUCUCCUGCGUUGGUGAUGGACUAACUUCCCUCUCGCUCCGCGAUAGUCCAAGGCACUACUUCCAGUCACGCUACGUCUAUCGAGCUCUUCCUGCGGUAUACCCUAUCCUCAGCGCGGAAGAAUGUCUGGUCGUCCUGAAACGCAUCUCCGCCCCUGGGAUGCUGAUGCUUGAGCUGGUCUAUCAGGCCGACGCUGCUGAAGACGAGCUUCUGCAGUACCUGCCGCACGCGUUCCCGCUCCUCGAAGAACUCGAAUUGCACCGAUACAAAGCGCAUCCGAAAGACACUGUCCCCUACCUGCACAUCGCGCGCACGCUGACGGCCGUCAAGUACCUGCGUGCGCUCUACCUCAACCUCGACAUCACAGGCGGCCCCCUGCGCCCGUCGUGGGGCUGGGACGACCUAAACGGCGAGUGGGCGGACCAGCGCGACGAAUGGGGGCUGGAGAUCGUCGAUGUGCUGCAGAACGCGGACCUUAGGGCCUUCGAGUACGUCGCCGUGCUGCUCCACUCACGCCGUGCGGGCUAUUGGGCCCUGUAUCACCCGCCGUGGUGGCGCGACCGGCGCGUGGAGUACGACUCGCCACACACGAUAGACUCUGACGCUUUCGUUUCGGGCCGCAGAAUCGGAUUCAGCGGCUAG